AGCUCGACAUAAUGUCUGUUAAGGAUAGCGACGUAUCGGGUGUCAAGAAAGGUGCAUGGCAAUUUGCCAAAGCAUGGGGCAACUCCCCUCUUCCUCCAAUGGGACUAGCUACGCUCGUCACUGCUGUCCAUGCUCGGCCAUUCCAGGCCCUACCUAUGACUGUACCUGCAGUUCUACUUUUCUCCACCUACCUGAAUCUCAAUGAUUAUGCCAAAGAUGCGGCCGGUAUUACUGCUGCAUGGUCCGGGCUUUAUCUCGUGCUCGCCAACAGGAGGAAGUCGGCCAGGUUUAUCUCUCGAUUCGGAGCAAGGGGCCUUGUUAGGGGGAGCGCCAUGGGAGUUGCGGCAGUCAAUCUAGCUGCCUGUGGAGUAACUUAUGCAUUAGGUCGGGAUGCAAAGGAGGAGGAAUAGAGGCACCAGCACUUGUAUAUUAUGUAUUAUAGGUGUAAUGACGAAAUCAAACAAUGGCGUGGCUCUAGCAAGCAAAUCAUCAAAGUCGCAUGUAUAAAGCAGAUCAUGGGAGUCAUCGACUGGUCUGGGGCAUAGGAGGGU